AUGCAAAAGUGGUCAGUCGGUGUGAGACCCACGAAAGAGCGGGAAUACGAGACGAAGACUGUCGAAGAGGUGUAUAAUACGGUCGAAGAGGCGGAUCACAAAGAGUAUGAGGACCCCGACUACUUUUACGAUGAACUCGGAAGGUCCAGAAGGAAUGAGAAGAGAGUGGUGAGUUGGUUGGUCUGGAAUCAGAGGGAGUUCCAGACAAUAUAUCUGAGCUGUUAGUGGAGACAUCAGAAGGUUGUCAAGUCACAGCUUUUUGGUAUCUUUACAUCCAACUGAGAUACAUUGUCUUGAAAGUAUUUGGGUAGCUAACUACUUCAAGAUGAGAGUUUCACCUUCUGCUCGCAUUUCGAUUCCUUCCAAACCCCCCAAUCCAUUCCGUUUUCAGGUGAAAAAAGUACCAAUGAUGGUGACGCCGCCGCCGAUUCCACCGCCGAUGACGCCCACUCACAUUGCCAUUCAUAACCCCAAAAAUGUGAGUGUGAGUUGCUUUCGCCCCCAUUUUCAAGGCCUAUUGCCCCCUCUGUCUCAUCGCGAAACGAUGCACUUCAGCAAUCCUUAUCACCAUUCUAUCACCCACCAAUCAAUCAAAGCCAUCAUUAGAUUUUGAUUCGAACCGAAAAAAAAAACGAAAUGAGGAGAUGCAUAUUCUGACCGCCCCAUCGCCUGUAAUUUGCGCGUUUUUCAUCAUCACAAGUAUUGUCGGCCGGAAAAAUGCUUAGAAAGUGAGAAAGGGAGGGGAAUUGAUGUCAAGAGGCGAGAAAGAGGGAAACUAAUUGGAAAAGCGAGCGGAGAAAGAGUCAUUUGGAAGAAUGGGCGAAGAGCCGAUGCAAGUGUUCACACUCAAAUCCACGCCUUUCAUGGGCGACAGCUAUUCCAGUUAUUAUCCUAGAAGCGAGGAAAAGGUUUGAGUUUACCUCUUAAAAAGAGUUUCGAAAUGAUAAUCUUUUUCAAUCAUUCUUUUAGAGCACUUCAAAGCGAUGGAAGAUCGCGUGUGUAUCUGCUACAGUAACCCUUCUGGCAGUCUUCAUUCUGGCCACAAUACUCUCCUUCUUCUUCUUUCUCUCCUCGUCCAGCACUUUUCAGAAAGAAUCUUACGGACUCGUAAGUCUUCAGACACAUUUUCACAACCGAAUAGCCCUUUUCCAGCCGCGUCCCUCAACGGAAUCCAACUUGCUCGCCAAAAGAUCCGACAUGGAAAUCACUCCGAACCAUCUGUUGACCCUUCUGAUAACGAAACGGAAGAUAUGUAUUCUGGAAGCUGCUAGCGGAGACGAAGCGAAGAGUCGGGAUGCAUUCUCGGUCGAUCACAUCGAGUCGUCCCGUCUCAUUUUUCACUCGAACCUCAGUCACGCCGGAGUUCCAGUGCAUCCGCUGCAGUUCCAGAGAUUCGCAAGAGCUCAGGGCAUCGAUAACGAUUGCCAUGUCAUCGUUUACGACAGAGGACAAAUGAUCUGGAGUGCGUACACUGUGUGGAUCUUCAAAUUGUUCGGACAUCAGAAGGUGUCCCUUCUGGCCGGAGGGUAUUUGGGGUGGAAGACGCAUCAGGCGAGGAGCGGGCAGUACAAAACGGAGCAGGGCGAUUCUCCGGGGAGGCCGAGGCAGGGAGACUUCUUGGCUUCGUGGAACGACUCUGUCAUCAUUACUUAUGACGACGUGCUUCUGAACACCGAGAUUGAUAGCUUCGAUGUGGUGGAUGCGCAGACGAAGGACGAGUUCCUGGGGACUGCUCAAGGAGCCCUUUACGGGCAUAUCAAGGGGGCCAGGAACAUUCCUGUGGACGCCGUUUACGACUGGGCAGUCGGUCAGUGGAAGGCCGCGGAUCACUUGAGAGGUCUCUUCAACAACAACGCAUUGUCACUUCGGAAACCUGUGGUGAGAAGAUCAAUGGGAAGUGUUCAGUCCACUUUCUUCCCUCUUCAGAUAAUCUACUGCUCCACAUCGCUGCGAUCUUCAAUGGUUUGGUGGGCGCUCACGAGAUCCGGCUACAACGGAAAGAUCUACUUUGGCGGAUGGCCCGAAUGGGUCGUUCGGGCUCCCGACGGACUCAAAGUGAUCGGAUCGACGCCCGCGGAAUGA